AGUUUCGUUUCUCGGUUUAUAAUCAUGCGAGGUCUGUGGUUCGGCUCAGUCACUCAUCACUCCCCCAAGCGAAAGAUCCGGUUCACAUCACAUGGCAGUGGGAAACAGCACAGCCAAGCUUUGAUGGGAAAGUGAAGAUACUCAGAUAUGGCCAACCACACUUCCAACCUUCCACUGUUUCUUUGGAUUGUCAUACAAGUCUGUUCCUCUGCCCAUGGCUCCUUGGUCUCCAAAUCGUGCAAUGUGGGGCAGUCUGCCGUACUGCCUUGCCUGCUGUCCUCUCUGGAUCAGGCUGCUCCCUACAUACAGUGGCUGAGCACGGCAGAGACGGUGUUCGAGCGCAUGGGCUCAGAGAAGUUCCAGGGCCAAGGCUAUGAGGGGCGAGCCAACGUUCCUCAGGGAAUGUUGGAACAAGGCAACUGCUCUCUGUUUCUGGAAGAUGUCCGGCUGACGGACUCUGGCGUGUAUGAGAGCUACCUGGUGGUUGGCGAUACGAGGGUGAAAAGCAAGGUGUUGCAGCAGAGCAUCCAGUUCAUCGUCAGGGACUACAAGAUCAAAGAGACAGUGGAAAGGGGGAAGGACCUGGUGCUGGAGCUGCACACUCCUCAGGCCAGACAGGUGGUGUUUCAGAGUGGGCGGCCCGCCCAGUGGGAGGUCCUGUGGAAGAAAGGUCAGGAGCCACACCCCAGUCUGAGUCACCGGAUCAGGGAGGAGGAGGGGAGGGUUGUCUUUAGAAACGCUGGAUCGGACGAUGAGGGCACCUACCGCGUGUUGGAUGAGCACGGAUUGGCACUGAGCACGGUGAAGGUCACGGUGACAGAACCUAUGCCUGAGAGGGCGGAAACAGUUUGGCAAAUUAACGAUGAUUCUCACUCAGCAGCCAGCAGUCUAUCCUGUCAGGCUCUCACCCUCCUCCAUCUCUGCGCUUUAAUGCAUUAUUUCAUCUAACUGGGUAUGAGUGCAGUAAUAUUUUGUUUUCCACCACCGCGUUACCUUGGUAUUUACUUGGCUGUUUUACUUGUCUUUUUGGUUGCUGUUUUUGAAGAAAGUCAGAGAAAGAGCAUAACUAGGCUUUUAAAACAUUGAUAAAUAUUACAGACACUGACAAUAACAACAACAACAACAACAACAAUAAAAGACAGCAAAAAUAAACUACCGACAGUCAGGAUGUCACACCACUCAGCACAAAUGCACUUUUUGACGUAUUGAGCACUUUCAACCGAUAAAAGUCCAUGUUGUUGUUAAAACUAUAUAACUCUAAUAAUUCUAAUAAUACUGAUUGUUAUAUACUAUAAUAUAUAUAUAUACAGUAUAUAUUAUAGUAUACACUUCAUACUAUCAAACAGCCAUCAAACAGCCAUGUCUUGUUAAUAGGGAAUAAUUCGUUUUGUUGAAGUUUCCGCCAAAACCUUGUUCUUUAUUAUGUGCAAGUGUCCUGAUUUCAUCCCACCAAUUUGCUGUGAUCAGAUCAUUCAUCAAUGGAUAACAUCAGCAGUCACAGCAUUUACAUAACAGUUAUGCAAAAUGUAGGCCUAUUAUGUACUUCCUUCUCUUUAUUGCUCUUGCAGUGGUAAUUCUUAUUCAGAUAUAAGUAUUAGUCAUUGUUUUUUCGUGCAAUUUACAGUGAUAGAGAGCACAGAUCUGAGACAAUAUGAUAGUGAAUAUCAGAAUGACGUGCUCGUAUGUAUUGAUUUGAGAUAGCAGACACGAGACACCAUAUGAUCGUGAAUAUCAGUCAUGUGCUUGUAUGUAUGUGUGAAUAUACGAAUGACAUGUGCUCGUAUGUGUGAAUAUAAGAAUGACAUGAGCUUGUAUGUGUGAAUAUCAGAUUGACGUGCUCGUAUGUAUUGUAAACAGUUAGAUCAUAUGCCGGAUAUGAAGUCAACCUGGUCUGGUUAAAAAUAAUACCUUUGGUGUGUAUUCAAAUAAAAGUAUUUUUGUCAUGGUUUGUUACAAAGAUGCUUAGUGAUGGUGUAUAAUAUAUAAAAGUAUAUCCUAUUUAUUAAAGUAGGGUAUUCCUUAUUUCCA